AUGAGCAGGUCGCGUACUGAAGCUAGGGGCCCUGCUGCUGGAGGCGCUGGAGCUUGUGACUCUGUUCCUGGAGUUGUUUCUGCUGGAGGUUCUGGUGCUGCUGCUGAGGUCCUGGCGCUGGUGGCGCUGGAGCUGGAGGUUCUGGAGCUGCUGAGGGUGCUGAGCCUUGCUGGUGCUGGUGGUGCUCGUACUGGCAGUACUGGAGCUGCUGGGACUGGAGGUGCUGUGUCUGGGGGUGCUGCUGCUGGAGACACAGAGGUUGGAGACCCUGGGACUGGAGGUGCCGGUUCUCGGGGUGUUGCUACUGGAGACGCUGCGGCUGGAGACCCUGGGACUGGAGGUGCCGGUUCCGGGGGCGCUGCUGCUGGUGGAGCUGGUCCUGGAGGAGCUGGUGCUGGAGCCGCUGGAGCUGUUGGUACUGGUGGCACAGCGCAGACGCGACUGUUCUUCCCUGCGCCAUCUCAGUCGUCCCCGCCACCGCCUGACUCUGUGCUUCGCCAGGUUCUUAGCCUCCCGUCUUCUACUGGUCUUCCGUUACAGCCUGGCUCACCGCUGCCUGCUCCUUCUCCUUACACUGAGCAGCGCGGGGGUCUUACUGAGCGUCGUGAGCCUGCGUCGCGUCCUGUCUCGCCUGUUCCCACUGGUCGUACCGGUCGUCGUGUUUCUCGUCCGCGUCCGCCGGCUGUCUCCGGUGUGCACCUCGUUGUCCGUCGUCCUUCCUCUGUUCCACAGUCUGUUCCUCUGCCGUCUCCUCCUGCGUCCUCUCUGCCUGACGUUCCGGACCCUGAGUCUGACUGGUUUCGUGCUGCGCACCCUACUGUUACGCGUCUGUUAGCCACUGUUGUCACUAACCCGUCGUUUGAGUCUGCUGCUGCGUCUGCCUUGGUCGCUAAGCUUGUUGACUUUGCUGCUGCCUGUCGUCUAGACUACGCUGCUAGUCUUGUUGCUGAGUCUCCGUCUGUCUGUCCCCCGUCCGUCGGGGGUGAGUGUGCUCUUGGCACGGACGUCCUUGAGGACAGACAGGAGGACCUUGAGUGUCUUGCGGCCGCUGCGCCUCAUCUCGUGGCCAUGCUGCUUGCCCCUGAGCAGAGACCGGAUGCUCUAGACAUCCCUUCCCCGCGCUCUUACGCUGACCCGUCGCUGUUUCUGCGCACCAACACUUCGCUGCCGCCGUUCUACAUUCUCGUACCUGGGUGA